GGGACAACUACCAGCGCUAACGACGGCCGCUACAACAGUUCUGGCUACGUCUCAAGAGCAUCAACGGGGUCUUCCUGGAGUCCUGGACCCGUUGUUUUAAAAGCAGUGUCUUAUAUCAUUGAAACAACUAAAUUCUGAUCAUUUCUGGUGGACAAGGACUCCAUCACGAUCAUUUUGAUAUCCAUAUUGCCUGCAGUGCAUGUCUAAUUCUUUACACUCUCCUUCCCGUCCGGUCUCAAGAUCUUCUUCACGUGGCUCCUUGCGUUCUGCACGCGCUUCAAGCCCCUCAAUACCCAAGAACGGUACAGUGGCUGUUCGUAAUCAGAUGUCGACCUUGAAGCAUUCUAUUCGACAUCAACAGGCACAGUUGCACAGUCUGGAAAAUAUCAUUUUGCGUGGAUCACGUCCGUUACCACCUGGCUUUAUGGCACCCUCUCAUUCUCCACAUCCCUCGUCGGAGGAUGUCUUGGAUAUAAGCCCUUGUCCUGUAUCAUAUACCACGAGCUUUUCGACUCCGAAAAUGCAACGUCGCUCCAGUUUUGAUGUUUUGCAAGGCCUGGCUGGUCGCGAGUCAAAUCUGCCGCUCCCGAGGAGAGAGAGUGCGACACCAAUAAUGAAACGCGAUGGAAUCCGCGAGGGUAUCCCCAUGGAUUUUGGUGGCAGUCCCAUGCAUUCAGUGAACACUAAGCGGAUGUCUAGCCCAACGCGUACACUGAGUCGGAAUGCCCGUGCAUUAGCCGACGAUGGUCUCUCUCCAGUUCUUAACUCCCCGCCAGCAGUGUUGCCGAUCGACAUUCAUAUUGGCAAUAACUCAGACAAUAUGAAUGCCUCUACUUCUUCGCUACAAGCUCCAUCAUCUCCCAAUAGACGUAUCUCUCUUACACCCGGGGGGACAACUAAAGUUUUGGCAGAUCUUCAGGCCGGUGUUUCCCAGCUUCGUCUCUCACAGCGGACUGUUGCGCAGUUGACACGACAAACCGAGGAUUUGAAAGAAGGCCGAGAGCGCCUGAGGCUGGAAAAUGAAGGUCUUAACAAUGUUGUAGCAAGAAAGGAGAGGUUGUUGCAAGAGGUUCUCGAACGGGCCCGCAAAGCUGAAGCCGAGGCAGCGACCUUAAAAUCUCAGCUGAAAACGGAGACUGCGACCUCCAAAAAGUCCCUUCGCGAGAUGGAAUCUGCUCUUGCUGAAUCAACGGCCCUUUCUCAGAAGGCUGAACGCGAGUACAUUACAUUGCGCGAUAGUAUCAAGAGCAUGACCGAGAGUUGGAAACAUGAUACUGAUGCACUUCGUGAAGAGAUGCGGAAGCGCGAGGACAAGCUGAAAAAAGAAGCCGAAUCGGUUGGCAAGAAAUAUAAGCUUCUCGCAGAUGAGAUGAAGGAGGCGCAGCGUCAGCAAGCUUCCGUGAAGGAUCUCAAAAACGAAGACCAGAAAAUCAGGAAAGAGGUCGAAGAAGAGUUCCGCGAGGAGAUUAUAAAGCUGAAGGCCCGGGUUGAACUUCAAUCUCAUGAAAGUGACGAGGCAGUGGAGACUGCGAAAACUUUGGCGAGCGAGCUGGCUCGUCUCCGUCGCUUGAUGCAGUCUGGUACCAAAUCCCCUCCACCUAACACCGAAAGCCCGCCUCCCUGAUCUAGAUCUCCUUUCGUUGCGUCGUCUGGCUGUCCGGGGGGCCUUAUUCACUUACAUGGACACCCAUCUCAUGUAUAUCAUGCACACUCAUUCACACUUUGCAUAUCUUACACCUUCUAGCCUUGCUGUCAUAUACCCACCAAUUCGAUGAUUUGUACAUGGCGCAUGAUUUUCACUCCUCUACUGUGCCGCAUUUAGUUCUCGCCCAAGUCGUUCUCUUAAGCGGUAGUAAUGACACGGACUGAUAUCUCGGCUACUUAUAACCGGAGGCAUGACAUUUCCGAAAUACUACAUGCACAUGAUUACCGUA